AAGGCCGAUGUCUUCUUUCCGCAGAAAAACCGAAACCGCUGAUAGGAGUGGCAAAAGAUUGAGCGCAAACCUAUAGCGAAGCACUGUGAAUACCCUUAUUUGUGAGCACUUGCUUACACUUGCACCUUUAGGUCGAUCUUCUCUGAGAAUCAACAUCAUAAUCAAGGGCAUGUCAACACCAGCGUCUUGGUAGUCAACAAGCAGAUAUCACAGGAGGCUGAGAGCGUCCUGUAUGGCGAGCUCCCACUCACUGUUAGAAAUCACAGGCAAUCAAGUUCAGGCUUUAGGCAAAACCUACCAUGUUAACCACUAUACGUCAGCAGACCAGGGGCUGUCAAUGUUUCCAACUUGCUUACUUCCAACUACUGUACUUCAGAACAUACAAUGUGUUGAAUUGGGUAUUUUGGUCUUCACACAAACUGGGUAUCUGGACGAUCAACUCUGGGAAGACUUGACGCUAUACCGCCUCCGCUACAACAUCCGUCGAGUGCAGCAGCUUCUCGCGGCUGCUCCUCACCUUCGAAGCGUACGGGUUCAGCCCCAUGUUCAAACUCUGCGCACCACUUGGGACAGGGAAGAGAUCAUUGCUGCCGCCAUUUUCACUUUGAAACCGCUCAAAUCCUGGCGUAGCCUGAGAAGUGCUGUCCUAGAAAACGUCGUCGUCCAUUUAUGGGAUAGCUAGACUUGGAAGCUUUCUCCCGAUCCCUCUCACAAACCCGUUAGUAUUUUGCCACACGGAUACCGAGGUAGCGACAAAAACUACGACUACCCAGAAGAUACCAUUUAUGCCGAUUACCAGAAGAGUUGGAGGUCUCUUGCGACAGGAAA